UUUGUAGAAACGAUAAGCCUCAACUCUAUCGCUAUUUUCUAUGAUAUCAUUCAUAGAUUAUGAUUAUUAACUUAACCUUGCAUAUUUUGAUUUUUGAAUCUAAAAAAAGGCUAUAAUCAUAAUACUUUUAUGGUACUUUUAUUAUACGUUUUGGCUGAACUCAUGGAAUAAUGUUUUCUAAUAAUUUGAUAUCCAAAGCUUUUAAUGUUGGAAGAUUAUUUAUUCCACACAACUUUUUUUAUAUUCCGUUAGCUGGGGUGAAAACUAAAGAUGUUAUUAUUGAUUUACCUGAAAAACCCAAAAAACCUGUGGGUCCGUUUUUCAGAUUUAUAAAAGAUCAUAAACCUAUUCUUCUUAAGGAUAAUCCAGAAUUGAAGAUUACAGAUGUUAUAAAGAAAUGCGCAGAAGAUUGGAAAAAUAGCAGUGUAGCAAUUAGAGAAAAAUAUGACAAUGAAUAUAAGAAAGAAAUAGAAGAUUUUAACAAAAUAUUCCUGGAUUAUUCUAUGCGGUUGACUGAGGAACAGAGAGAAUAUUUAAAACAAUUGAGUAGAGAAAAAACUGCCAGUAAGAAAAAAAGGAAAUUGAAGCAGAAACUUAAGGAAUUGCAUAAACCAAAGAAACCUGCGAAUGCAUUCUUUUUAUAUAUUAUGGAUCAAGCGAGAACAAAAGGACAUACUGCCGCAGAAGAAAUGAAAAGUAUAAAAGGGUCAUGGUACCUCCUAGAUGAAUCUGAAAAAAAAACAUAUUAUGAUAAGGCAACACAACUUAUGGAUAAGUACAAGGAAGAUCUGCUUAAGUGGGAGAAAUCAAUGAUACAAGAAGGCCAUAUUGAUGUAGUCCGUCGCAAAUCUCUUGAAGAGAGAAGGCCUCUUACUGCCAAAAAGGCGAAAGCUCAGAAAAAGAAAACAUCCCGUGAGAAUAAAGAUAAAAACGAAUAGGAAUUAAGUGUCUUUACCCAUCAAGUGCCGCCAGAGGGUGAAGAUAAACUGUUUCAUAUUGAAACUGGUUAUUUGAAUGGGAAAAUUUCUACAGAAGUGAAAAAAAAUAUAUGUUAUGAUACUCCAAUAAGUUCAAAUAAUUUAGUUUCCUCGGAUAUAAAGGCGGAUAGUACUUCAGAAAAAUUGGAAGAACGAGGUAAUCAUGAUUCUGAAAAUGAUAAACAAGGUUUCUUGAACAAGUUGAAAUCAAUAUUUAAAAAAUGAGGAUACUAAUUUUGCUUUGUCUUAAGAUUUAUGCUUUUUUUGAUUUAUGUUUUUUUUUUUAUUUCAAUAAACUAUUUUAUUUCCUGGA